AUGAAGAUCCAAGCGCAGUCUCUCUCUCUUUUGCUUUUCCUCACUGGCGAUGUACUCGCUGCAAAGAACUACCAUUGUCCUCCAAUUGGCCCCGUCCUCCCUGCACCAACUGACCCAAGCUCACAUCAAAAUGUGAAACUUGCCAUUGAAGCUAUCACAGAGACUAUAAAGGCCUAUUCGAGCCUUCUGCACAGCACAGCUGUCUCAGUCGGUGUCACGUCAAUUUACGAAGACAAACCCUUGCUGGAUUUUCAUCAUACGCCAGAGAAUCUUGAUCCUCGCGGCGUGAGCAAGAUCGAUGCCGACUCGGUUUAUCGCAUCGGUAGUAUCUCUAAGACGUAUACUACCCUUGCAGCGCUUAAACUAAACGGAGUGGGCAUGCAUGACCCGGUGACGAAAUACGUCCCUGAAUUAAGGAAGCUGAAUAAACAGCAGAGUGAGAAUAAUGCAAUCACGACUGUUGAUUGGGAUAAGGUAUCGCUGCAGGCUCUGGCGUCGCACAUGGGAGGCCUGCCUGCUGAUUACUUCUGGUACAAUUUUGGCAAACGACCUCCGACUUUUGCACCUUGGAGCAAUCCCGUGUACUCGAACAUCGCCUUCUUCGUCAUCAGCCUAGUCGUAGAGAGAGUUUCGGGAGAGUCGUUCGAAGAGUUUGUGCAGAAGAAUGUUCUUGAUGUCGCGGGAAUGAAUAGCACGACUUAUGCAAAGCCCGAUGACUCGGUGGGAGCCAUUGGACCUGACGAUAUCUUCUGGAAUAGUUCUAUCGGUAUCCUUGGCCCGGGUGGCUCGUUCUACUCAUCAACAAGAGACCUCCUCGCCUUCGGAUCUUCUAUCCUCAAGCACGAGUUCUUGGACCUGGCAGAAACGAAUAAGUGGCUCAAACCUGUGACUUUCACGAGUGGUAGGGGACAGUUUAUCGGCGCACCCUGGGAAAUCGUGCGAUCUAAUAAGCUGACCUCUGACGAACGGGUGGUCACCGCCUACACCAAAGGGGGCGAUAUAGGAACUUAUCAUUCUAUCUUUGCAAUGAUUCCGGACUAUGGUAUAGUUAUAAGCGUAUUGGUGGGAGGACCUGAGAAUGCGGGGGGUCUCCCCUAUGUCUUCUUCUCAAUGAUCGCAAAAGCCCUUGUGCCCGCUCUUGAAGCAGCGGGUAAGGACCAAGCGAAGAAGGCAUUUGCAGGGACAUACACCAAUGAAGACACAAACUCGACUCUCGUUCUCGAUGUUGAUGACGAUGGCCCAGGGUUGAGCAUCACAAAGUGGAUAGUUCGUGGAACAGACGUCUCGACGCAUUGGCUUCACUACCUCUCCGUGCUCAACCCCAACGUACCCAAGAUCUCACUUUCCGGGCGGCUAUAUCCUACAGAUCUCAAAGCGGGGAACAAGACAGCGUGGAGAGCAAUGUUUAGAAUCGGUACGGCAAGUCAGAUUGGUAUGCAGGAGGGGUUGUUAUUCUGGGAGGAUGCGAGUUGUAUGAGUUGGGCGAUGGUAGAUAGAGCAGCGUAUGAGUUUCUGGGACUGGAUGAGAUGGUGUUUGAGAGUGAGGAUGGAAGGGCUAGGGAGGUUGAGUUGUUGGGAUUCAAGACUACUUUGAAGAGGAGUGAGAAGGAGUGA